GAGGGAGGGAUGGAGAGAGAGGGAGGGAUGAAAUGGUAAAGAGAAUGUCAGAGAGAAGAAGAAAUAGAGCGUGAGGAGGAAGCCUGCCCGCUUUCAGGUGCUGGGGGGCAAGCACUGGGGUGCCCCUGGACUGUGUCAGUUUACUAUCAGCUUGUCGUGCAUGACAGAGAGGAAGAGUAGAAGGACCUCCCCAGCCCCCAUGCCCUGACACUCUCUCAGGGUUGCAAUCCUCAAGGGACAUCGCAUCAUGAAACUCGCCACCAAAUCUCUCCAGCUGGCAUUUUUCCUAGUUCUGUUUUACAGCCCCGUUUCCGAAGCCUGGAGUUCCACACUGCCAAGCACAAUCCAGGCCCUCCGGGGCUCCUGCGUAGUCAUUCCGUGCUCAUUCACCUACCCAGGUUCCCGGGAUUCUUGGGAAGGCAAGUUCAGCGUGGCGUGGUACCAGUACCGCUCACGAGGCUACCCUGAAAUCUACAACAGCCAAAGCCCAGAGACUGUUCUGCCGGAUUACCAGGGACGGACGGAGGUGUUGGGAGACCUGGAGAUGGGCAAUUGUACUCUCAGCAUCAGCCCUGUGAGGAAUGAGGACUCCAUGAGCUACUAUGUCUGGAUCAACCCUGAUUCGGUCAAGCAUCGGUUCUAUGACAUCACAGUCCGGGUGGAAGUAACAGAAACUCCAAACCAACUGGAGCUGAGUGACCCAGGCUUGCUGACAGAAGGUGAUCACACCUUGGUUACCUGCUCAACCCUGCACACCUGUCCCUUAGCGCCACCCAUCCUCACCUGGAAUCUUGAUGGACCCAAGGCUGUUACAGUCCAGGAGCGCUUGGCAGGGGGAGCCUGGAGGACGGAAUCGGGAUUUAGCUACACCCCUUCCCACAAGGACCAUGGCAAAUAUCUUCAGUGCACAGCCACCUUCCCAAACCAGCAACAGUCUCGCAAUGGGAUCUACCUGCAGGUUAAAUAUACUCCCAAAAAUGCAGUUGUCUCUGUAGUGGGGAAUCCAACCCUGAAAGAAGGAGACAGUGUCACCCUGCGUUGCAGCAGCCAAAGUAAUCCACCUCCCAUCAGCUACCGCUGGUUCAUCGGACCACGCAAAGCACCGCUACGGGCAGCAGGCACAGGACCAGAAGUGAAGGUGGCUGAUAUACGGAGGGACUCUGGGCCGUUCCACUGUGUUGCGGAGAACGACGUGGGAAUGGGAGAGGACUCACCACCCACCUACCUCAAUGUGGAGUAUAAGCCUGUGAUCCUGCCACAAGGGAAUUGCACUGUCUCAAGGACUGGGGAGACAGUAACCUGUUAUUGUGUGGCAGAGGGAAACCCCUUACCGAGCAUCGAGUGGCGUUUCCCAAACCGUACCGUUCCUGGGGACUUCAACAGCUCUGAUCUGCAGGCAGCCUCAGCCUCUUGGGGACAAGCCAUCAUCGGGGUGUUGAGGGGCUCUGCCUCCACUUUGGCCAACGUCUCCUGCACAGCUACCAACCAACAUGGGCCCAGCCAAGUCACCUUGCCCACCAUCCAGGCAGUGGACAUGACUCUUAUUCUCAUGGUGUCAGGAGGUGCUGUUGGGGGUGUCCUCUUCCUUAGCCUGAUGGGGAUUGUGGGCUACAAGAUGGCGACAAGCAGGAAAAAGGGGGGAAAUCAAGAAGAGGAGGAAGAAGAAGAUCCUACACUGUAUGUCACGGAUGGAGCCCUGGAGCAGAAGAAACCUGAAAAAAAAGAGAAACCGGCAAAAAAAGAGAAACCACCCAAAUCCAAGAAGGAAGAGCAACUCAACAUGUACAGCAAGCCCAAGCCCAAAGCUGGUGGAAAUCCCACUGAUGACAAUGAUCUCAAUACCGAGGCCUACGAGAACAUGGAAAUAGCAGAAGACUAUGAGAAUGUAUCAACGGGAGCAUCUGCUGCUGGACUUUAUGGGAACCUGAGCAAUUGGCAGACCGCCUCUGGCAGUGACCAAAUCUAUUCCAAUGUGUGAUCCGAGAAGGGAAUGGACAACGGAGUGUGCCCAAAUCUCUUUCUAUUUAACAAGUGCUUGUAUACCUAGAAUUAACACUAGCUAGAGCAGCAAGUGCAAUCGGGCAGGAGAGACGGAGAUGUGGCAUCAAUUUAGGAUACCUGAAUACAUGAACCUUUGGGGGUUCCUUGGCUACAAGGGUUAACUCUCACAAUGCCCUGGGGAACGUUGUUAGAAUAAAACCUUGGAGCACUCUGCUGCAGGAAGCAGUAUUAAUUUUAACUCCCAAGAUGUCUUGCUAUCCAAGGGGGGAUAUUUUAAGGCUAUAGAAUCCUGGCUUCCACUAUUUUGUGGGGAGAUAUCUUGGCAUUACCUCCUACGGCUCUUUCCUUGUGAGGAUAUAUUAUUGAUCCUUACCCUCCUGGGAAGGCUUGUUUGCAAAGGGAUAGUUAAAAGUGAUGGUUGCCCCCCCAGGACUGCCCGCUGUGGGAAAUGAAGAUGUGCUAUUUAAAUCCCCUUCUUCUUUUCUAAGAAUGCGCUCUUUCCUGCUGUUCUGAGCCCAUUGUGUCAGUGGAUUUUUCUGUCAAGACUUUCAAAGUAUAUGUCUCUAUUUUUGUACUUUCA